CGUUCUUCAAACAGGGACGGCCCUUUUUUCCAAUACAGAAAUAAUUUACCCGACUUUGCCCUUCAAAACCUCCCGUGUUGCGCGGCCCAGAGAAACCCUGAUAAGUUAACAGAUUUCUUUACCAUUGUUUCUUCCAUCAGCCGCAUCGUCCCUGCGCAUACUCGGCUUUCAUUCCAUUCCCACAGUCACUCGCUCCAUGGUUGCUUAACCUCCCAUCACCACCACGUUGCAGCCGAGAGCAUUCAACAGGUCGAACCGGCCCUUCUCCUUUCGAGAUUCCCUUGUCCGAAGCCCAUACUCGUCACCAGCCAUGAGCGACAUUGAGAAGAAGGCCCGCUUGUCGGGUGAACAGACAAGAGUUGCAGAGCCAGCUACUAUUCUCCCGACCACCAACGUCCCUCUACCAUCUGAGAAGCCUGCACCUCCUCAGCCGUCGCUUCACCCUGCAGUCUACGUUGUGACCUGGAUUGGAUUCAGUGGAGGUGUGAUUUUGUUCAACAAGUGGCUCUUGGACACUCUCGGAUUCAGAUUCCCCAUUAGUUUGACAGCAUGGCACAUGAUUUUUUCGACCGUCAUGACCCAAAUCCUGGCGAGGACCACCACCCUCCUUGAUGGCCGCAAUGCCGUCAAGAUGACCGGUCGGGUCUAUCUCCGCGCAAUUCUCCCAAUCGGUUUCUUCUUCAGCUUGAGCUUGAUCUGUGGCAAUAAAGCAUACCUCUAUCUCAGUGUUGCGUUUAUCCAAAUGUUGAAGGCAACGAUGCCUGUGGCAGUCCUCUUGACCACCUGGGCUAUGGGUGUUGCACCUCCGAGUCUCAAGACCCUGGGCAAUGUCUCAUUCAUUGUUAUCGGAGUCGUGAUUGCAUCCUACGGAGAGAUCGAGUUCAACUUGACUGGCUUUUUGUACCAAGCUGGUGGUAUCACUUUCGAGGCCACCCGCUUGGUGCUUGUCCAACGUCUGCUCAGCUCGUCCGAGUUCAAGAUGGAUCCUCUGGUGUCCCUGUACUACUUUGCGCCCGUCUGUGCCGUCAUGAACAGCGUGACUGCCUUGUUCCUCGAAGUUCCCUCAAUGACAAUGAAGAACAUCUACGAUGUGGGCAUUUUCAUGCUCAUUGCUAAUGCCAUGGUCGCAUUCCUCCUCAAUGUCUCGGUGGUGUUCCUGAUUGGCAAAACUUCGUCUCUCGUCCUCACCUUGUGCGGUAUCCUCAAAGACAUUCUCCUUGUCAUGUGUUCAAUGGCGAUUUGGGGUACUCCGGUCUCCAAGACCCAAUUUUUCGGAUACGGCGUUGCUCUUGGUGGUCUGUUGUACUACAGACUCGGCGCGGAGCAGCUCAAAGGAUACAUGAGCCAAGCUGGCCGGAGAUGGUCGGAGUUUGGCGUAGAGCGACCAGCUUUGCGAAAGGGUGUCAUUUUCGGAUCAGUCUUGCUCACGCUAUUCAUCCUGCUCGGCGGACUGGCUCCUACAUAUGCGCCUGAACAUACCGAUAACCUGAAGAAGAUCUUGAGCAGCGGAAUGGGUCGAUGAAGAGAUGGAUUAUCAGGUGGUCGCGAGACUACAAGCACAAGCACGAGGGGUG